GUUGGGGACUGAUGGUGCAGGCAAGUAUGGAAAUGGUGGAAUCGCCAACGCACCUGGACCUGAUGUUGGCAAGUCAGUUGGUAAAUACGGAAAUGGUGGUCUACCCUAUGGAUCUCAGACUCUUGGAUUGGGUGCCGAAUCCAAAUCCUCUGGAAAAUACGGAGGGCUAGGCACUGGAAUGGGAGGGGAUCCUGCACCUGGAAAAUAUGGAUAUGGUGCACCCUAUGAUGGGCAACGUCUUGGCCUAGGGGGUGAUCCUGGGAAAUCAGCUGGCAAGUAUGGCUAUGGAGAGGUGCCAUACGAGCCUCAGCCUCUUGGACUUGGCCCCGAUUCUGGUAAAUCGAAUGGAAAAUAUGGACAGGGUGGGUUGCCAUACGAGCCUCACCCUCUUGGGCUCGGUCCAGAUGCUGGAAAAUCUGCAGGCAAAUAUGGGGGCGGUGCACCAGAAUCCUAUGCACCAGAACCUCUUGGCCUUGGUGGUGAAGGACAGAAAUCUGCUGGGAAAUAUGGUAACCUUGGACCAUAUGAGCCACAGACCCUUGGAUCAGUCACUGAUGGCAAAUCCACCGGACAAUACGAAAAUCCUAUGCCUUAUGAGCCUUUGCCCCUCGAAUCAGACGCUGUCGGAAUGUCAUACGGUAACGAGAGAAUAGGAGAAAUAGCACCAGCACAACCUACUAGACUUGAAGAAGAGGGAAAAUCUACUGACAAAUAUGGCAAUGGGGGUUAUAUAAAUGGACAAGUUCAGCCAGAAGUUGUCUCCUUCCCCCCAGCUCCCACUCCUUGGCCCUCCAUCUCCUAUCCCCCCAUCCCCUCAUUUGUGCCCGUAGUGUCCUUCUUCCCCCCCGAGGCCCCUGCCGCAGCUGUUUCAGAGGCCCCACCCAAGCCUGUGGGCACUGCCAGCCUCUCCCUUGCAUCUGCGCCCAGCACCCAAAUGAAAGCCCCGCCACACGGGCCUGACACUGCGUUGCUUCAGCCACCGCACCAGAUACACAUUCAGCAGCACCUCAAGCUGCACAUUCACCCGCAGGGCAAAUCAUGGCGAGGAGGUGCAAAGGAGAAGAAAUAUGAAUUAACAGGAUUCUUUGGGAAUAGUGGAUACUAAGGUUGACCAGGGUGACAGUGGCCAUUUACAGCAUUUAACUUCACUAGAUUUUUUUACAUUGCUGUUGUUGUUGUAUAUUUGUUUUAAUUCCCUUUUUAAUUGAUCUCUAGUUUUUGUAUAAUUAUUCAUAUCUCCCUGUCCAUGCCAAAUCAGUCCUGCCUGACAUAUUUUUUAUAGUUUUCAUGCCAUGUCUGUAAUAUCACUAGAACUAAGAAAACACACAUUUAAGUCUUGUUAGGGCAUACCUUCUUUGUAGUUUAUAUUUUCUACAAAUGUAUCUUGAUUAUGUGUCUAUCUUAUUUCAUUUCGUAACCACCUGUCUUACUCCACUUACUGGAUAAGGUGAAUCAUGUUUUGAGAGUUUGUGUGCUACAAAUAUGUAAUGUGUUGAUUGAAUCAGUCCAGUUUUUGUCUGCAUAGUUUUAUAAACUCAAACUCAAACAAAUAAAUGUAUUUUGUAUGGGAUUUUUUUUUUUUUUUUUUUACUACCUGUGGCAAACACCUGUACAUUUUUGGACAGUUUUGAUGGAAUAAAAACAGACUGGAAAUACCA